ACCAUUCACCAGGUCUAUGCCCGGGUGCGCACGCACUGGCCGGGUGCAGCCAAGUGCCCUAAGCGUGGCCACACAAGAAGCGGGCUGUGGGCUCGGGCAGCCCUGACGUCACGACGAUCCUCCAGCACGAGUCUGGGCCUAGACCCUGUGCAUCUGGAGACAUGGAGUUUGUGUCUGGAUACCGGGAUGAGUUCCUUGAUUUUGCUGCUCUUCUCCUUGGCUGGUUCCACAAGUUCAUGGCAGAGAGGGGGACCAUGGGGACUAGCCUUGAAGGCCGAUUGCAUCAGCUGGAGUCGCAGAUAAGGAGGCUGCCCCAGGACCCUGCCCUUUGGGUGCUCCAUGUCUUGCCAAACAGUAGUGUGGGCAUCAGCCUGGGGCAAGGUGCAGAGCCAGGCCCUGGAGCAGGCCUAGGGGCUUCCAGACUUCUGGGAGAGGAACCUCUGCUCCACCUGCGAGACCUAAGUCCUUAUGUUAGCUUUGUCAGCCUAGAGGAUGGGGAGGAAGGGGAGGAGGAAGAAGAUGAAGAAGAGAAUGGAGGGGAGAAUUCCAGCACAGAGAAGGUGGAAGCACAGGAGGGUGGGGAGCCAGUCCCUCCCAGCAGGGAGUCGCCCCAGGAAGCAAAGCCUCCAGCCCAGCCAGAGGUGAUCCAGCAGGACAAAGAUGGUGAUGAUGGCUGCCGAGAGGACAGAGGGGAGGAUGAGAGGGGACCUGAGAAGAGGAAAGGACGAAGGAGUGAGGCUGUCCCCCUGCAUCUUUCCUGCCUCUUACUGGUGACAGAUGAGCAUGGCACCAUUUUGGGCAUUGAUCUGCUAAUGGAUGGAGCCCAGGGAAGUGUGGGCCAGAGCUCAGCCAACGAGAAUCUGGCUCCUCGGGCCUAUGCUCUCCUCUGUCACAGCAUGGCCUGCCCCAUGGGCUCUGGGGACCCCCGAAAGCCCCGACAGCUUACUGUGGGAGAUGCCCACCUGCACCGAGAGCUUGAGAGCCUGGUCCCAAGGCUGGGUGUAAAGUUAGCAAAGAUCCCAAUGCGGACAUGGGGCCCUCGACCAGGCUUCACCUUUGCCUCCCUUCGAGCUCGAACUUGCCAUGUUUGCCACAAGCACAGCUUUGAGGUGAAGUUGACACCCUGUCCCCAGUGCAGUGCUGUCUUGUACUGUGGAGAAGCUUGUCUCCAGGCUGAUUGGCGGCGAUGCCCAGAUGAUGUGAGCCACCGAUUUUGGUGCCCGAGGCUUGCAACUUUCAUGGAGCGGACAGGGGAACUGGCAACUCUACCUUUCACCUAUACAGCAGAAGUGACCAGUGAAACCUUUAACAAGGAAGCUUUCUUGGCCUCUCGGGGCCUUACUCAUGGUUAUUGGACCCAGCUCAGCAUGUUGAUUCCAGGGCCCGGCACCCCUAAGCACCCUUGGGGCAACACAUCAUCCCUCAGCUGCUUUCUCAGUGGCCUUCUCCCAGGGAACAUAGCUCUUCUGGAGAUGAGGCAAGCAGGGUUUCCUGACCCCAGGCAUCGCUUCUCCUUCAUCUUCUCAGGAGAUCCCUACCAGCUUCUGCAGGAGAAUGGGCCUGCCCUGAUGCCUCCACUGCCCCUAGAUCCACCCAAGGGCCUCUUUGGCUCAUGGCAGGAUUACUACACAUGGCGAGGCCUCGGUCUUGACUCCCCCAUGGCUGUGCUUCUCACCUACCCACUGACUAUGUACUACAUCAUCACUCACCUAGUGCCCCAGUCCUUCCCUGAGCUCAAUAUCCAGAACAAGCAGUCACUGAAGAUCCACGUGGUAGAAGCUGGGAAGGAGUUUGAUCUUGUUAUGGUAUUUUGGGAGCUCUUGGUCCUGCUCCCCCAUGUGGCCCUGGAGCUGCACUUUGUAGGUGACAGCCUACCACCUGAGAGUGACCAGCGGCAUUUUACUAUGCAGAGGGAUGGCCCUGAGGCAUCUGUGCGUCCUGGUUCUGGGGUAUCCACCCGGCUCAGCUCUGGAACUAAGGAGAAGGGAGGAUGCAGGGACCUGCAAAUCAGGGUGUCCACCAGGCCCUACCACCUGCUUCAGGGACCCAAGCCUGACCUGGUUAUUGGUUUUAACUCCGGCUUUGGUCUCAAAGACACUUGGCUGAGCUCUCUGCCCAGAUUACAGUCUCUCCGAGUGCCAGCUUUCUUCACUGAGAGCAGCGAGUAUGGCUGUGUGAUGGAUGAUCAGACCAUGGCGGUGGCCACGGGAGGGGGCACCAGUUCGCCACAGCCCAACCCGUUCCGCUCCCCGUUUCGUCUCAGAGCUGCUGACAAUUGCAUGCCCUGGUACUGCAACGCCUUCAUCUUCCACUUGGUCUACAAACCUCUCCAAGGCGGCGGAGUCCGCCCAGCGCCCGGCCCGGCACCCCCACCCCCAACUCCUGCCGCUCCUCCUGUCCCAGCCCGAAGGCGGCGAGGAGAAAAGAAAGCUGCACGCGGGCCCCGUCGGCGGAGAUGAGUGCUGAGAUGGUAAUAGUCCACUCCCUCCCGAAACUUGCUUCCCAAAGGAAAACACUUCAAGACCCCGGGGGCGGAAUGGUUGUCAGGACACCAAAAGUUAAAUAAAAUUACUUGUUUGAAACCUC